AUGGUUCUCACUGACUCUACGCUUCCAAACCCUCUCAACCCUCCCAAGGGGGGCCUUCACCUUCCUGAUCCUUACCAACCAGCUUCUCCACCAGCUUCUCCACAAUUUUAUCAAUCCACCAAGCCAAUGAUAUACGCCACCGUACCCGUUGCACACCCCCUCACCCAGCAUCAUCACAGUACCCGACGACGAUUCUUCAGAGCCUUUCUCGUCAUUAUCCUGGCGUGGGCCUUGAUUGAAAUGCUUGUGCGAAGUGUACCGGAAUUUUCGUACUGGAAUAGUAGGCACGGAGAUGAACUGGCUCUUUGGACGGAUACCUUUGCUAUUCGGAAAGGCGUCGAUCACCAUCAUUGCGAAACGGAAUGGCAAGAAGUCCCGUCAGGUUCACCGUUCUUCCCAUUGCAUGCUACCACCACCUUCGAUGUGCCGUACGACCUUGACACUAUGUUAUUCCUGGCACGAGGCCCAGCAGGAGGGAUUUUCACUGUUGUAUCGUCUGAUGAAAUUCGCGACGCCGCCCGCGUGGACGUUGUCGUUAGCUACUUCCGCGAAGAAUUUAGAGACCGUGCUAAGGCUCCGAAGUGGGAUACCCGCAGUCCUUCCCGAGAGCAACGCCUGGACUUUUCGGUGGUUGUAACACUUCCCGCAAACUCGCGUACAAAACCUCUAGAAAUCAAAAACUUCGAGGCCGACAUGCCACUGUUCGGUCUCUCCGCCGAACAUUUGCAGGACAGUGUUACCUUCGCCAACAUCACUCUCGUCUCAUCGGAAAUGUUCAUCACGGCCCAGUUGUUGGUUACUGAAAAUGCUCUCCUCAAAACCUCCAAUGGGCCCAUAUCUGGCACAAUUUAUUCUCCCGACUUGCGCCUCAUCACUGCCAAUGCACCCAUAUCCGGCACAUUUAAUGCUACAAAGUCACUGCACCUCAUCACAUCCAACGCUGCCAUUCAUGCAGAUAUUGGCUUGACGAACGACGGUGAUCACUCCACUGAUGCGGUCUUAAAAACAAGCAAUGGUCCAAUCCGCUCGUUCAUCAGUCUCUUGAGGGAUAAAGAAUGUUCUUCUGGAGGCAUAUAUAGCAUCAAAACUACCACCUCCAACGCAGCUUUAGGUGUCGAUUUCCCCACAGCACCCGUCAACUCGACUCUCUCACUGGACAGCAAGACGUCCAAUGCUCCUGCCACAGUGUCACUCCACCCAACUUAUGAAGGACGAUUUGACCUCUUAUCGUCGUUGUUCACCCCGGUGCUGGAAAAGAGUUCUGCCGACGAUCCGUCUGGAAGGGGGCGCGAAAGGACAAUUGAAUCCCACUCCAGCAGGGGCGUGCUGUCUGGCAGAGUUCAAUGGGCAGGUUCAAACGAGAGUGAAGGUAGGGUGCAAGUGAAGUCUAGCAUUGCCCCGGUUUUGAUGAUGCGGCAGGAUCCAGAUUGGCAGCUCAAUCCCACCCGCUGCGUCGUGAGACAUAUCGAGGGAAAAGGGAGAGGCAUAUUUGCUACGCGUCCUCUGCCUGCCGGAACGGUCUUGGAAAUAAGUCCUGUUUUGCUCUUCACCAAGGAUGAAUAUUCGAACUACGGAAGACAUACUAUUCUGGAUCAUUACACGUUCAAGUGGAAAGAUGGCCGAAUGGCCCUUGCCCUCGGACUAGGCUCUCUCCUCAAUCAUUCCGAAUUCCCAAACACAUCAUACACUAUAAAUCAUUCCUCCGACUCUAUUACAUACACUACGUCCAGGCAAAUUGCGGCAGACGAGGAAUUGUGCAUAUUCUAUGGCAACAAUCUCUGGUUUCAAAGCGCCGAUAUUCCUGGAAAUAUCAGCCCGCCACCCUUCGACGAGGACGACGAGGACGACGAGUGGGGCGGCUUGUCAACCAUUGACGUUUAUACAGAGCACAAUGACAUCGCCAUGAGGAAUCAUAAUCCGUUCUCGCAGGGUGAUCCUAGCCAGAUAAUACCUGAAGAAACCCUGCCUUUCGAUCGUUUCAAACCCCCUCCGGAAGAGGAAACCCUAGAAAGCAUCCAGACCAUGCUUGCCUGGGUCGUCGACAUUGCCGAUCCCAGGCAUACAAGCACUAUGCUAAAAUGGCUAAAACACAACAAACUUGAGGAGGAGAUGGGCCACUUGAAAAGGGUUAGGAAGCAGGGAGGAACAUCUACUAUGCUACUCGUCACGGCACUUCCACCUGCGAACCUGUCAUCAGACCCACCGUUCCCUCAGCUACUAGAAUCCUUGCCUCAAGACCUCUUGCUUGGCACUCCAUACGCGAUCUCUGUCCCAUCCUCAGUUGCACUUACACCAAUAUCACAUCAACUCAAGAACUCCUUGUGGCCGACGAUCUUCGCCCCGAAAAGGAAAGAUGUAGGUGAGGAAUGGACGCGGGGGAAAGCCGCUUGGGCUUGGGAAGCAGUUCAUUAUGUUAUGAGAGAGGCAUCGAAGAUCAAAAGAAACGGAGAGGUUCCCAUCGUUUCGUACGUUCCUUCACCAUACGACUCGGGAUCUGCCUCGGAAUUGUCAAUUGCCUUCGCCUCUCAUGAUACCCGAAUCUCGGCCAAUCAUCCCUUGCGCCAUUCCGUCAUGAAUGUCGUUCGCAAAAUCGCAGACUACCGCAACACCCCUUUAAACGACUCGAUCACAGAAUCCUCCUCAGACGAUAAUCGGCAGAAUGGAUCACAUUAUCUUCUGACUUCUCUGACGCUGUUCACGAGCCACGAACCGUGCGUAAUGUGCAGUAUGGCGUUGCUGCACUCUCGGGUCAAGGAAGUUGUGUAUAUACGGGCCAUGGGAAAGACAGGUGGAUGUGGAGGAAUUGCGUGCUUGCCUAUCUUGAAAGGUGUCAACCAUCGGUUUGGUAUCCUCCGUUGGAAAGCCGAUUUAGUAGAUGACAAGGACGGGGUUCUCGUGGUAGAUGAUGAUGUAGAUGCGUAG